UCAGGUGUGUUAGCUAUAGACGGCUUACUUCGCGUUUUUUGUGCCUGAUGCCAGUGGAAUUUUGCAGCUACGCUACAUCUUUUCUGCCAUCUUUGUUUGCCUUUUUACUUUCACGGACGUUACGUACACCACAACCCGUACGGCAUCUCUAGCCAAUCAGGAGGCUGAAAAUUUGAGAUACAAAACUGUGACCGUAAUUCCCUCGAGGUUGCUUCCAAUGUUAUUAUUGACAGUGGUUUAGAAGAUACUAAUUUCAGUAUCACGUCAACAGAUCUUGCCAACUCGUGUAGGUGAUUAAUAUACUGUCAACUCCCGAAACUCUAAACAACUCGAAAUUUUAUGACCUCCAACACUAGCGUUGUUAUCAUGAGUAUUCCUUAAAGAUAAUACUUACCCGUUAACUCUGACCUCGGGUACCUUGCAAACCGCUCUUAAGCCUACUCUUAGUUAUAAUGUUCAGUAAAUCGAACUGUUCACUGAGGAAAGUAAAAUUUACUAAAACGACGAAAAGAAAUUAUUGUAAACAUUUUAAGUGUUAACUUUCCGGUUGGAUAUAAUGUAUUACAUACUUACGCAAAGUUAGUACGCUUUAAGAUUAUCAUGCUAAACUGUAUCAAGAAUGCAUUACCAUACAUAAAAUUGAAGCAUGUUCCACUCGACAGUAAAAAGAUUAGAGUUAGAGGGAGUUGACUGUAGUUUACAUUUUCUUCAAAGGAAGCAAUAUAUAUAUAAAUAUUUUUCAUAUUUUCCCACUUCAUAUCUUGCGACUAAAAGAUGGCAGAUUUAAGAAUGUUGAUACAUAUUGUCAGUAAUGUUAACCCAUCGUUCACUACUUUGCUAACAUGACAACAGCUAAACUUUGCGUUGUCACCAUAUUAAAAGAAUUACUGAGUAUUGUGUUCUAUAUCAUAUUUACCUUGUCAUAUUUAGCCCAUUCAGUGGAGGCAGAGACAGAUAAAAAGAAAAUCGCAUUGGCAAAUUUAAAUAAAUGCCACGAAGCGUUAGAUUUGGAGACUUCAAUAACAACGGCAAUGCUUUCAUCUUGUUUUAAAGCGAGCAACGCGAUAAUAAAAGCAGAGGACACUUGCUUGACAAUGGCAGCAUCUGGUUAUUAUGAUGAUGUGUUUUAUUGCUCUGUUUUGCAAAUAGAAGUACCAGUUGGAAGAGUUUAUGUGUGCCGCCUUUUUGAAUCUGGUGGAUUUCAAGGGUAUUUUCAUAACGAAGGGCAGUGUUUUAUUCAGCAACGCUUAGGUUUAACGAAUGACCUGUUACCCUACCAUGUCUAUACAAUGGAUGAUGUCAACAUGGAAAAAAUCAGAUCUAGAAAAUUAUACCAAACAAUGCGCAAUUCUGAAAAUUGCAACGAAAAAAAGAAGAAUGUAACUUCAAGGAAUAUAAAAGGCAACAAAAAUAGUUUUUACAAUACUAUGAGCUCGAUUAUGCCAACCAUACAAUCAGAAAAAGUGAAAUGUCUAUUUGUUUUUGGUAUUACGUUGCACAACAGUCAAAAGUUUGAGGCAAAUGAAAAUAAAAUUGAGAAUCGGUACGUAUGUAACCGUGCGCGCAUGCGAUGAAAUGAUUAUACUGAAUUAUCCUUCUGUUUCCUAUUAUUUCUGUGUUUUUUUUUUUUUGUAUUUUAGUCACGUUAUAUGCGAUAAUAAAGAAAUUUGUUCAACACUCCAACCUCAAAUUGUCAAAUAUCGUUCCAAGUCAACUUUUUCACAAAGCAUACGGAGAUGUCUCCUUCAGCAAUAUCCCUCUGUGAUUUCUCUGAACGAUCAGUUUUCUAUUAUUUCAUCUUUAUCAAACCACCAUCGGUGGGACUGGCCUGCUAGUUCCUCACAAUUGAAGUAUGAACAACGGUUUUCCACAUCUAUGAAGUACUAUCCCGGGUCACCAAGAAACCGGAUCAUACAAGCAUGGUGUUACAGAAAUAACCCAGGAAAUAUAAUUGACGCGUGCCUGAACAAUUUGUUCGGUUCCAAAUGCGAAAUUCCGUAUUCAAAAAAGAGGUCUGGAGAACCUUAUCGGAAACGAUAUCCUGUUGCAGUAAGGUUAAAACAAGCGGCAACUAUAACACCAGCCAUUUAUGCAAACUUGGCAGAUGAUUACGAAACAAAUCUUUAUAAAUAUUUCUGUGGUGAAUUAUUCCGUCAUAACCGUCUUUACUGGAGAUUAAGAAACGAAAAUAAACAAGUUGUUGCUAUGGGUGGUUACAACAGCUACAGUGGAGACUUUAUGGUAACCUUUUCUUUCUCUCAACGUUCAAAUUAAUUUCAAUUUGUUUAAAUUUAGCUGUUUUCAACUCUCUAUGUAAUCGCUAUGUACAUUUUUUCAGCUUCUUGCAAUCAUUACAUAACAAUAUACGCCAGACAUAGACGGACGGUAACAACAGACACGGUUACGAGCUAUUAAUUUUUUUCCAACUUUUAUUUAUACUGAUUUUUUGCCUUAAAAUGUUCUCCAUCUAUAAAUAACACUUUAAUGUCCGUUAUAUUUCCCGAAUUUUUAGAAUUAUGAAUACGUUCAUGUUACUGCGGUAAAAACGGAGACGACACCGAUAAUUACAUGCCAAUGUAAAAUCUUUAGUACGUUGCAAGCCUCAAUCGAUGUUGAUCAUGGAAAUUAUGCAAAUGCGAGAGGGAGGGUCACGUGUUGCCAUUGUCGCUUAAUGAAGGAAUUAUUGAUAUUUGUAGAUUUUGACGGUUUAAACGAAUCAGCAAUUAUUCCAGAACAUAUUAACAAACAGGUGUGUUUUGUUAUAUUCAUUUGUAACUACAUUUGUAAGAAAUACCGGACAAAUUAUUGGGUAGCAUAAGGGGUCAAAUUUUGAAAAUAAUCUCCUUAAUUAACUAUAUGUGUUGUGUCAAUAAGAAACUCUGACAGAAAGGGUUGUUAUAAAUCUGUGUAAGUCUGUUUUAAUUUUUUUUAUUUUAAAUCUUAGAUUGUUCUGGAAGCUCUUGAAUGUACGAACGAUCAAGUCAUUUCACUUCCCGCCAAAACAGGCGUUAAACGUUUUUCUAUUGUUGCAGAUCAAGUUGAAUUUGUUACAGUGUGUAAUGUUGAUAAGAUUCACAAACAAAUCGCAACAUGUCACUCAACUCAAUGUCGUUUAUCAAAGAACCAAUCAACUAAACGAAAUGUAAGAAAUUUAACUGAUUGUUCAUCACUUUGUCAACAUCUUAAAUUGCUAAAAGAAAGUCUUGACGAAGUGCCAACGAGGAUGGAGAUGGAUAUCGAGGUUGAUGAUGGUAACUAUGGUGAUAGCAGUGAUGAAGAUGAUACUUUACCCUCUGAAAAGUGGGAAGAUAUAUUUGAUGUUGCAUGUGGGUUAUGGACCUUUGGCAAGAAUUGUCCUUCUACUCAAAUUGUUGAUUCCAAUCCAGAUUCAAACAACUUAAGUAUGCAAUUCUAUCAACGAAGUAGAAUAGAUAUUAAAGAACCAGAAACUUUCCCAUUGUUCGUUCCUAGUGCUAAUGGAACGUGUACUUGCCAGGUAAAUUUUUCAACCAUUUAGAAACACUAUUACUCUCUUAGAAUUAGUUGAUUAAGGUUAAUAUGUUUUGAUACUUAGGCCAGAUGGACGUCUGACGAAAAUCCAGAUGGUC